GUGCUGUUGUUGGGUCUGCAGCGUGGGUGCACGGCCGGAGCGGCGGUGGGUGUAGCGCUCGCUGGCGCUGCGGGCGCGGGAGCCUCGCUGGCGGUGGUGCUGCUACCGGCCAUGUCGUGGAAGAAGCCCAAAGAUUCUGCCAGAGGAUGCUCUCAAUAUAACAUCUGCAGAGGAGAGAGAAACUAUUCCCGUUUUUCCUCUUCUGACUUUUCCACCAGUCUUGGGUUGGAAGACUUCUCUGUAAGUGACACAUCUGGAACAGAGGAGGACACAGACUCAGCUGUCUUAUAUGGAACUUUGCGAGGAAGUGUUGUUGGAUUACGGUACUACACAGGGAUUGUUAAUAACAAUGAAAUGGUUGCACUUCAGAGGGAGCCCAGUAAUCCUUAUGAUAAAAAUGCAGUGAAAGUGAAUAAUGUGAAUGGAGACCAGGUAGGCCAUAUAAAAAAAGAACUAGCGGCAGCAUUGGCAGGCAUUAUGGACAACAAACUAGCAUUAAUUGAAGGGGUUGUCCCUUAUGGAGCAAAAAAUGCCUUUACCAUGCCUGUACAAAUGAGCUUUUGGGGAAGAGAAGAAAACAAGGAAGCAGUGCUAGAUCAGCUAAAAAGGCACGGAUUUAAAUUGGCUCCUCCUCUAAAAGGUUCAGAAUGUGAUUUUGCAUCAAAGUGGAUUUCUGCAAGAGCUGGUCCAAGUUACAGUGCUCCAGUUCAUGCUGCUGUGCAGUUGACACCUGAACAGCUUAAAAGUGAAUUUGACAAAUUGUUUGAGGAUCUGAAAGAAGAUGAUAAAACUUGUGAACUGGAAGGAGCAGAGGCUGUUGCCACACUCUUGCUUCCCCAUCAGAAGCAGGCUUUAGCUUGGAUGGUUUCACGUGAGAACAGUAAUGAUUUGCCACCAUUUUGGGAAGAGAGAAGUAACUUCUAUUACAAUACGCUUACAAAUUUUGCAGAAAAGCAGCGACCUAAAAAUGUUAUUGGAGGAAUACUGGCUGAUGAUAUGGGACUGGGUAAAACACUUACUACUAUUGCAUUGAUUCUCACAAAUUUUCAAGAUGGCAAGCCUCUUCCUGUUCAAAAGAUCCCAAGUGAUAAGUUUUAUGAGGAAUCUGGUACUAACAGCAUGAACAGCGUUGGACACAGACUAUGUAAAGACUCUAGCAAUGUGAUGGACCCUGCUGUUUCUAGCAUAAAAAAGUUGGAAACUACUCUGCUGAAAUACUCAAGUUGUCUUCCAAAAAGUGAUAAAGCCAAGAAACCCAGAUAUUCAGGAAGCAGUGACUUGGAUGAGUCUGAAGAAUUGCUACGGAAACAAACCAAAACAACUUCCUGUGUUAUCCAAGAAGACCCAGGCUUUGCAUCUGUUCUUCUACCUUCAUCUGCUUCUUUAAAAAGAGGAACAAAGAGAAAAGGUACCACUAGCAUUCAGUCAGUUGAGACGAAAUAUUCUGGUGAUGGCCCCAGCGCAACGCUGAUUGUAUGUCCACUGUCUGUCUUAAGCAACUGGAUUGACCAGUUUGAACAACACAUUCACCAAAAUUUUCAUGUUAAUAUUUAUGUUUAUUACGGUUCUGACCGUAGCAGAGACCCAUCGUUUCUUUCAGAACAAGACAUUGUACUGACAACAUACAACAUCUUGGCUACUGAUUACGGAAUGAGAGGUGACAGCCCUUUACACAAAGUCACAUGGCUGAGAAUUGUGUUGGAUGAGGGGCACACUAUACGGAAUCCAAAUGCUCAGCAAACUAAAGCUGCCUUAAAUCUGGAUGGACACAGAAGAUGGGUACUUACAGGCACUCCUAUUCAGAAUUCUGUAAAGGAUUUAUGGUCACUUAUUUCCUUCUUAAAACUGAAACCUUUUACUGAUCGAGAGUGGUGGCACAGAACAAUUCAACGUCCAGUCACAAUGGGAGCUCCAGGAGGACUUGGACGUUUACAGUCUCUGAUUAGGAGUAUUACCCUUAGAAGAACCAAAAAAAGUAAGAUUAAAGGAAAACCUGUUUUGGAGUUACCAGAACGAAAAGUACUCAUUCAACAUAUUACACUCACAGAGGAAGAGAGACAAAUCUAUCAGUCUGUGAAGAAGGAGGGCAAAGCUGCUAUUAGCAGAUUUUUCAGUGAAGGGACUGUACUGGCUCACUAUGCUGACAUCCUUGGUGUCCUCCUCAGAUUGAGGCAGCUUUGUUGUCAUCCUCGUCUUUGUAUAAAUACAUCUUCGUCUAGUUUUUCAGCUGAUAGUAAAACUCCUGAAGAAGUGCAUGAGAUGUUAGUGAAUAAAAUGAAGUUGGUUCUGAGCUCUGGUUCAGAUGAAGAAUGCGCAGUUUGCUUGGAAUCGCUGACUGUUCCUGUGAUAACACGCUGUGCGCAUGUGUUUUGUAGGCCGUGUAUUUUUGAAGUCAUUAGAAGUGAACAGCCAAAUGCCAAAUGCCCUCUCUGUAGGAGUGAGCUUCGAGCAGAGCACUUGGUGGAAUGUCCCCUAGAAGGGGAAAUAGAUUCCAGUAAUGAAAAGAAGUCUGAUCAGGAGUGGAUAUCCAGUUCAAAGAUAAAUGCUCUCAUGCAUGCUUUGAUAGAACUACGGAGGGAUGAUCCAACUGCUAAAUGUCUAGUUGUUUCUCAGUUUACAACUUUCCUGUCACUGAUAGAAAAUCCCUUGAAAGAAUCAGGGUUUGCCUUUACUCGUUUGGAUGGGUCAAUGGCUCAGAAGAAAAGAGUAGAAGCAAUUCAGUGUUUCCAAAGCAGCCAAGCAGGAUCCCCAACUGUAAUGCUUUUGUCACUGAAAGCAGGUGGAGUUGGAUUAAAUCUGACAGCAGCUUCCCGAGUGUUUUUAAUGGAUCCCGCUUGGAAUCCUGCUGCAGAAGACCAAUGUUUUGACAGAUGUCACAGGCUGGGUCAGAAGCAUAGUGUUGUUAUUACUAAGUUCAUUGUGAAGGAUUCAGUGGAAGAAAAUAUGCUGAAAAUUCAGAAAAAGAAGAGGGAACUUGCAGCAGGAGCCUUUGCUACCAAAAAGCCUUCAGCAAGUGAAAUAAAACAAACCAAAAUUAAUGAAAUUAAGGCUCUAAUUGAUUUAUAGCUUGAAAUUGUGGUAAAAUAAUAUAUUUAAUAUUUUAGUUAAUAUUGCUCUUCAAGUUACAUGUCUCAUGCUAACUUCUAAUUUUGCUGUCUUUGCAGGCAAAACAUAAAUGCUUCACAUAAACUAUAAAAUCUAAUUUUCUCCUAAAUGUUAAUUUUAGAAAUGCACAAACUUGUUUUGUAUUCCUGAAAUUUUGCUAGUGUUCACUCCUUCGAAAUGUUGCCUGUUAUGCACAGCGCUUAAGAACACAUAAAAAUCCCUGAAAACAGAAAUGCAUAUUCAUGCAUUCUGAUUUGCAAGAAUUUCAUGUCUUUUUAGAGGUAACAAAAGGUUUUGUCCUUCAGAUAAAACCCUUAAGAAAUGAAUUAGCUUCAUGUUUCAAUCUUGGUGUUUCCCGAUACCCAAACAGAUCAUCUGGAUUGUUUGUUUCAGAAUAGGUGGUCAUUGACCACUUGAGAAAGAAUUCUUACUUUUGCAGACUAUGUUCAAAGAUGGUAUUUAAUUUAAAGUUCUAAAAUAUUCUAAAUGAUACACAGGUGCAGCAGGGAGUUCCUCUGUUGAUUACUUCUCAGGAGAUAGUAAAAAUGAAGUACUUAAAAUUUGUAAAACUUUUGUAAUAUUUUACUUCCUUUAGGCAGAAUUCCACUUAUUUUUGUAAAAAUAAAGGUUUUAUGAUUGAAUAAAAUGCUAGAAUCAUAGGCUUAUAUUGAUAACAUGCUUUCUUUUAGUUUCUGUAGACACUUUGAACAGUAAAACUAUGCUAUAUGCAAAGUAGAAUAUGACCAACUCACUGGCCAAUGAAUCAGUUAGUCCUUGCAAAAUAAAUUAAUAGCUGCCAGCUUUCUAACGGUUUUCUUGUGCUGCUAAGUGUUUUUUCAGUCCCAUAUAUAUGUCUUAAUGGAAUGCUGAUCUGCAUGCAUCUUGAUUUAUAUAGGAAGAAUUCGGUAAGCUACUCAUGUUCAUGUACUGCAAAGUAUUAAGUAGCACUGGAAAAUCUCAGUUGAGUGUUCUUGUCUGUUCCUAAUGCUGUACUGCCUUCCCUAUAACGCUUAGACUUCGAAUUGGAAGCAGAGAUUGCUAUAUUUAGGUGCUAUUUAGAUUCUAUGUUUAGAUUCAGGAAGUGUGUUUGGCAGCAGAGAAAUGGAAUCUGACUUACUUCUAAUGCCUUUCACCUUUUCUUAUGUCUUAGAAUACCCGUCAGCUGAUUGUAAGAUGAAUUGUGAACAUAGGAAAUGGAAAAGGACUUGAGAAAUAAAGGGAAGAUGUCUGAUAUUUGGAGAAACAGUUAGCCAAUGGAAGGAGUGAGAAAGGAAUUCAGAAUAUGUAGCCCGAUGCAGUUUUCUGGGGAUCCAGCAUCUUAGCUAUGGAGAAAGGUGUGUUUUUAAUUUUCUCUAAUAGACUUAAAAGAUGUGAAUAAUGGAAAACCCAUGAACCCCAGUAACUGGUUGUUACUGGAAAGUUGACAAAAGAACAAGAAAAGAGUUACACAUUAUUUUUGUUGUUUGUUUUUUUUAAGUUUAUAUAACUUUGUGUUUUUGUGGUUCAGAUUCUGCUGUUUAGAGAUAAGCUGGAGAAAUAAUUCUGAUUAUGAAUAAAAGACUUGACUUCGUGUCA